AUGCCCAUGUCCCCAGCAGUUGCCCCCAUCCAGGUGCCUAUAAGGUAUGUCCCUGCCUCAUUGGGGCUGGGGUUUUCUAUUGUGAGGGUGUCCAAAGUGAUUGUUCCUUAUCUCCUCACCCCAGGCAGUGGGCAGCAGUCGGUGACUGGAGUUACGGCCGCAGACGAUGGUAACAGUUACUGGCGAAUCCGUGGGAAGACGUCGACUGUUUGUGAAAGAGGAACAUUGGUUAAAUGUGGACACUCUAUCCGUCUAACACAUGUCAAUACAGGACGAAAUCUACACAGCCAUCACUUCACAUCUCCAUUAUCAGGAAACCAGGAGGUCAGUGCAUUUGGAGACGAUGGAGAAGGAGAUAUCUUAGAUGACUGGACUGUACUCUGCAAUGGGGAAUUCUGGCAGCGCAAUGAAGAAGUGAGGUUCAAGCACGCGUCUACAAACGUACUGCUGUCUGUCACAGGAGAACAAUAUGGGCGUCCUAUAAAUGGACAGAGAGAAGUGCAUGGCAUGACCUACGCAGGUCCACAUAACUACUGGAAAGUGAUGGAAGGUAUCUUCAUGAAACCUAGUGAACCUCCACGGACUGACUUCACUCACUCCGAGUUAUGAUAGGACUCAGACUGGUCUAGGUCUUUCA